AUGCUAGAUUGUGCUCACACCGCCUUCUCCCUUGCAGCGGCCCUGGCCAGUAUCAAAGCCAAACUCAAUGGCAAGCGGCCAGACCGGAACUCUAUCCGCACGGAUCUUCUACGCCUUGCAGCUUUCGCCGAAUCACUCUCCGUGCAUCGCCCGCGUGCUAACAAAGAAUGGUCUCACCGCAUCGAUGAGUUAGAUGGCGAGGGCGUUGCUCUAUGGAACGCAUCUUUGGUCCAAAGAGAUGUUUUAGACGAUACAUAUCGCUCCUUUUGCGCAGCACUCAGGCUUGCUGCGUUCCGUCUUAUCGAAGCCGGAAUCGAAGACAAGCCAAGUAUAGAAUGUAUGGAAUCGAUUUCCCCAAACAUGUCUCAUAUCCGCACCUUAUCCCCGCCAUUCCCACCAGCCCUCAUCCAUGUGCUCCAACUCGCCAGCAAAGUUGGUGCGAGCCUGGCAGACGUGGGCGAUUCCGACCUUGCCGCCAGCGUCCUAGCUUCGGCAGCAAAAUAUGAAGAACUUCUUAGAGCCGCGGAAGACCCGCAGAAUGAGCACGCGCAGGGUAUAGCCCGGGCAGUCGUGCUCUACUAUUCCAGCAGAAUGGAAGCCGCGUGGCGAGAAGGGAAUGCAGGCGUGGCUGAAUUUAUGCUCGAGAAAGUUGCAGGUACGCCAGCCACCGGUAUUUGCAGGAUGGCAGGCUACGAGCGAUAUCGGAGAACACUCGCAGGAAAGCUGCUGGUCAUUGGUAAAGGAGUUCUCCAGUUCAACUCGCAAGACAAUACUGCCGGGAAUGGUGCGAAGGACGCCGUCAAAUGGCUCCAGCGCGCUUUUGCUAUCAUCGAGUCCCUUGAAGACGCGGCCGACCCCGCGGAAGGCCAGCUGAAGCGAUCAAUCCUAAGAACUCUGUGUCGGGCAUACUUCCUGGCAUCCUCACAAGACCCAGAACACCUAGCCAGGGCCGAAGCAUCGUUGCAGGAACUCAUAGAUUCCGCUAACAUCUCCCUGGAUCACACAUCUGCCGAGUAUCAGCAACUUCGAUGGAUGAGGGUCGCGAUUCUCAAGCGGCGCAAAGCGGCGCACACCCCGCUUCUUGAAGCAUUCCGGGCCAUCAUCGAUCAUAUGGAAUUCUCGGAAAACAACAUCACAGACAUUUUACAAGAGUUACGCAGCCUCGGCCAUGACCAUGCCCUGGUCAUUCUUGUCCAUCUACACUGCUUGCAACAAGCACUUGAAGCUCGAAAUAGCGCAGGCCUAGUCUAUCUGGAUCGUAUACUGCUUUCCUUAAUUUUCCACAGUUCCAAAGAUAGCAGUCAUAUGAAGGCAAUGCAAGACGUCACGACCGCCCUCGAUCUCCUGGACAACAAAGAGUUCAUGCUCCCCAAGGUUCCAACAACAGCGUGCUUGACACUGUUUUGGCAGUUCGGAGAUCGGCACUAUCGAGCUAAACGCUGGUCGGAAGCCGCCGACUGGUUCCUUGCCGGAACCCAUGGCGUGUUUGGAUCGAUGUCGAAAGUAUCCGACCCAAAGUGUCUCCGAAAGGCGGCGCUUUGUUAUAUACAAUGCGGCGAACACGCUCGAGCUUCCGCAGUCAUUCGCCGCUGUCCAUCUCAGGAUGCCGCGACCCAUUACGUAGCACUACUCGCUGCAGUCCGCCAAGGUCUGCAGGACGAAGCUGUCAUCGCGGUCCACGAGAUGGUACACGCAUCUAACUUCAAUAAGAAGAUGCUACUCCUUGCCACUCGGCUGGCAAAUGAAGCUGGUAUGAAACAUUUGCUCCUUUCGGUACUCGAAGCCUUGUUAGACGCGUCCCUCCGGGACGGACUGGUGAACCAAGGAGAAGCCGUUACGUUAGUGCGCUGUAUCAUUAGGCUUGUUCUCAGGAUGAUGUCAGAACCCGGGAGCAAUUUUGCGGAAUUUAUUCCCAUGCUGAUGCGUCAUUUUUCUACGUCUCUGUCGCUGGUGACGGCGCUUCAAUCAAACCUAAACACCGCCGUCGACAGGAGAGACAUCUCGUGGUUAUGGCGAACCGCUUACAACGCCGCCGUGCAGGGAUGCGCGGAAUGGGAAGACCACGAAUAUACCAUAUCGGACCUGUUUGACAUUGCAAGGCAGUUGCUAGAAUCGUAUCUGAACUUCCCGGCGGUCGACGCCGAGAUAGGCCUCCACGUGUUCUUGAUUAAUGCCUCCUUUGCGGGAGCCGCGGGAAGAGGUAAGACUCCGACCAUAUUCGCACUCAGUCGCAAUCACGCUCCGCUGCUUCCAACGGAACGCCGUAAGGGAAUUGGGCAAAUUAUCACGACGAGCAAGGAUCGGAUCCAGAAAGUACUUCGAAUAGUAGAUGCGCUCAGAGAGGAAGAGAUCCAACGGGCGCACUCGUUCCUCAACGUCUUAUCCGUGUUCGAGGCGGAGAUCGCGUGCCAUACCAAAUCCUGGAGCCGCAUCUCAGAAGUCAUAGAGGAAACCGCUCGCAUACCACUUGUCGACUUGGGAACGUUCGAGGCAAUUGCAGACACAUUGUGGGUGGAGAAAGAUUGCCCCGUAGAAGUUCUACUUGCUGCGCUUGAGGCUAUCCUACACGCUAGCCUCGACCGUGCUGCCCUGUCAGUUGAGAAGUUUUCGAGAUGGCUGCGGGCGAUAUGCACCAUCCUGCUAUCGCGGAACUCGGCAGCAGAUCGUGCCAAAGCCAUUGGUUAUGUCGAACAGGCAGUUGACGUACUCCAGGAGCACGGCGGGAUGGAUGAUUCUCAGGCAUAUCCCGUGGACGAACGGCAUUGGCUCAUGGGGACGGUCUACAAUACGGGUAUAGAGUGCUUGCAUGCGUCGCUCUUGGACGAGGCAAAGAGGUGGUUUGAAGCGGCCGCUACGAUCUGCCGUUUCGUACCCGACGGGGACGCUCGUGCAGACAGGGUGAGGCCCAUAUUCAUCUCCGGUAAAGCUCAAUAUGUACUGAUGGAGUCGUUCCUCAGGUCUCUCAGACUUACACCUCACUUCUUGCUCGUUUCAGCCGCUAGCUCUGUCUUGAACUCCGGCGCCAAGCUUUCGUUACUGCCAAGGACCUUCUGGUGGCUUAAUCCAGGAACAAUAGGUCUUGCUCUAGCUCCUGGUACGGUCUGGGAAACAUCUGCCUUGGUACUUGACGGCUCUGGCUCUCGACUAUCACACUGCUCUGGCCACGUCUCUAUAUCCUAUUGA